GGCCACAACCCAUUAGCCGCUCCACAUAGUACCGAGUUUAGUUUUAUAUAGUAGGCCCCACGCAGACGUCCGUCACCGAUACACGCAUACGAUGUGGCGACACUCUCCCGGUCUUGUGAUAAGGGCACGCGAAAUCAAAUAAUAAUAAAUAAUAAUACUACCAGCGGCAGCUACCCAUCAGUAUUGACAAAUUAGUUAUUAUUUAUUAUUAUAGGUACUAUAUAGUAAAGUUGUUAGUUAUUAGUUACUGUCAAAUCAACUUACUGUUCAUCAUCCUCGUCCGGGAUAAAAUAAAUAAUAAUUUUUUAUUUAUCAUGCAACGAUCGUCAUUCACUCGAAAUUCGAAAGACGCAAAGUGAAUAACGACAAUAAUAACAAUAACUACACUUAACACUAAUAAAUAAUUGUUCUGGUUGUCGAUCAACCAGUUGUCUGAGAUCAUUGAACUACUGUUGUUCCUGCGUACAUUGCUCAACCGCUAGUUGGUGUACUUGUGUUUUACUUACCACUAUCAUCGACUAGAUUCACACGUUUUUAAUUGAUUUGUUGUGAACACCAUAACCGAGUAACGAGAACACUAACAUGAACAGGCCGAGAAACCAAGCUGAACAAGAACUGAAAGCCAGGGCUCGCAUAUAUGUAGCGAAUAUACCUCAGGCUGGUAUGACUCGCAAGGAAGUGGUGUCCGUAUUUCACAAAUACGGCGAAAUUGAUAAUGUUUCUCUACAGACUAGACAUGUUUUUGUUCAGUUUGUAGAAGAGUCUUCUGCUCUCAAAGCCUUGGCUCAAAAUCCUCCAGAUUAUAUUAUGAGCAAGAAACUUGAUGUGAAACCAGUAAGACCUUUCUUUUAUAGAAAUGGAGAAUUAGUAAAAAAUGAAAGAGCGGCAAAUUUUGAUGCUAAUGAAAAAAGAAAUGACAACCGAAAUCAACCAAGAGAUUAUGAUGAUUUUAAACCAGCCAGACUCAAUCCUAAUGUGAUGAAUCCAAAUGCUCCUAAUGAUUGUGAAAUUGUCGUCACUAAUAAUUCUUUAACAGAAUAUGCAGAGUUUUUAGAAGUGAACUUAAAAAAAAUGAAUAUGAAAGUUGAUUUGUUAUUUCCUAAUCCUGAUAUACCAAUCAAUCGUGUUCUUGGUACCUUAGCACAAAGAGGGACAUUGUAUGUUUUAGUUGUACGUGAUGAAAAUAAAUUGUAUAGAAGCGUUACUGUUGAUAUACUUCAUGGUAUACCUGAAGAACACAGAAACAUGCCUUAUAAAGACGCAUUGGCAUUUAUUGUUCAAAGUUUUGAUGCAUAUGUUAGAGGAGAGAAAAUGACUCCUAUACCUGGACUUUCAGGCAUUCCUAUAUCUGAAUGUGGAUUGCCUUUAGGUGAUAAACAUCCGGAAGGAAUUAGCACAUUGUUGAAUUUAUUACAGGAUCAAAGAGAUAUAACAGUACUACAGUAUGAUAUGAUACUACAAUAUCUAAAAGAGAAAAAAGAUGAACAUAUCAAAGAGGAAGUUGGAGUCUUGCCAACGUUUAAACCAACUAUAGCUGAUAUACCAAUUCUUCCAGCAGCCACUGCCAUUCAAAAUCCGCAAGCAGCUGAAUUACAAAAUCGUAUUUUGAACAUUUUGAAUACAUCCCUUUCUACUAGUGCUCAACCUCAACAACCCAUUGAAUCUAAUCAAACUGAAAAAGAGCCAUCGAGUAUUCUUCAAGAACCUAAUGUAAAAAAAGCAUUAGAAAGUUUAUUUCAGGGUGGUUCGUUACUUAGAAAAUAAAUAUUAAUGUGCAUGUAAAAAUAGUUCUUGUAAAUAAAUAAUUUUAAUUUAUUGUCACGUUUCAAAACAUCUAUCAUGGGUAGAAAUUUUUUGUUUAUAGCCUUUCUGUUUAUAUGAGUUUGCUAAUUAUUUUAACAAUUAAAUUAUUAAAUUAUAAAAUAUUAUUAAAUUAAA